GCCAUCAUGGCGGGGCCGGGCGGUGAGGAUAGCGCGGCUGAAGCGGAGCCUGAAGUGGUCGCUGCGCCUAUACCGGGGGUGCAGCUGAUUCAGCAGGGCGCCGAGGCGAGGCUUUAUCGCGGCUUGUUCCUGGGCCGGCCGACCGUGAUGAAGCUCCGCUUCCCCAAGCGCUACCGCCACCCGUUGCUGGAAGAACGGUUGAACCGCAAACGGACAACCCAGGAAGCCCGCUCGCUGCUGCGGUGCCGACGGGCAGGAAUUUCUGCACCUGUGGUAUACUUUGUGGAUUAUGUUUCCAACUGUAUAUAUCUUGAAGAUAUUGUGGGAUCAAUUACUGUCCGGGACUAUAUCGUAUCUGUACAGAAAUCCCAAAAGGAUACCAGCAGCCUCAUUCCAGCAGCAGAGAAGAUAGGGGAGGUUUUGGCACGAAUGCAUGAUGAAGAUCUCAUUCAUGGAGAUCUUACAACUUCCAAUAUACUUUUGCGAUCACCAGCAGAAAAAUUGGAGUUGGUACUGAUAGAUUUUGGACUGAGUUUUAUUUCUGCCCUUCCUGAGGAUAAGGGAGUUGAUUUGUAUGUCUUGGAGAAAGCUUUUUUGAGUACCCACCCAAAUACAGAGGUUCUGUUUGAAGCACUCUUGAAAAAGUACUCGGCUGCAUCUAAAAAGUCAGCCCCUGUGGUUAAGAAGCUGGAUGAAGUACGGCUAAGAGGAAGAAAGAGAUCUAUGGUUGGGUAGGAGAACACUGACAGCAAUUAGGGUUUUUUAUUUCUAUGCACUUCUUAAGUGUGUGAAAUAUUUUCAGUUACAUAGGAUAAUAAAAUUGUUAGGUUUGUUUUCAAUGUUCUUUCGUUUGUCCAAUAAAACUGCUUGUGAUUCUA